UCCUUAUAUUUUCUGAAAUCGUAAAUCAUGCUAACAUUAAGUUAUCUGGCGUGGCCAUAUCUAAUGGCUGUAAAAAAUAAAUUGUUUCCCGAUCGCAAGAUGAAAGAACCAGAAAGAAAAGAUAAUGAAAAAAUAUCUGCCAACAACAGCAACAUAGUGGAAAAACGAUCAACGGCCACCACUCCCCUACAGCAAGCCACGGAACUGCUGGAACGUAGCCAGCAGUUACUAAAGGCCGCGUACGCGGAGGCAGCCGUCCACGCAACAACGGAGACAGCCGCCCAUGCGACUUCCGAAGCAGCCGCCCACGCGACUACGGAGGCAGCCGCCCACGCAACAACGGAGACAGCCGCCCAUGCGACUACGGAGGCAGCCGCCCACGCGACUACGGAGGCAGCCGCCCACGCGACUACAGAGGCAGCCGCCCACGCGACUUCGGAGGCAGCCGCCCAGUCGACUACGGAGGCAGCCGCCCACGCGACUACGGAGGCAGCCGCCCACGCGACUACGGAGGCACGGGUGCGCCGGAUGUCCAUGCAAGAGCUAUUGCGGGACCCGGCACUGUGGGUAGCCUACACCCGCGGGUGGGACGAUUGCGCGGGCAAGGCGACCAACGUGAAUCCCAAACCCGCGGUAACCGACAGGUCCCAGAGCCCAAGACGGCCGGUACAGCCAGCUGGCACAUCGCGACCGCCCCCGAUACCGCAGUCUGCACGGUUGCCCCGACCACCCCCCCAACCACUAAUGGCAGUACUGGUCCCACGACCAAAAUUUUUCAAACCGCCAACACCGCCCGCGACGAGGAAAGUGAACCAAAAAAGUGCACAAAGGCCACCGACAACAGCGCCAUCACAAAACUCGUGGCAACGCCGGAACCAGUCUCGGAUUGCCGAAUACCCGGGACAGAAAAAGGCCGGCAAACCCACCACCUCCCAACAGUACCGCCUAGAAAAACCGGCACCCUCAACCACCCAACCGGCACCAGGCCCAAAGUCGCUGGUGGCAACGACCACGCCUGUCCCCGAGGCCAAGACACCGGAGGUAGCAAUGCCUACCGGACAAACCGAGGCCACCGCCAUUUCAAUUCCGGUCGAUACGAAGGUAUCACCGGUUGAGAAGAAGGAGUUGCUGUGUGACAUGAUGGAUGUUGGUCCCCCAGACGACGUGGACACGGUGUUCCAAAUCACCAGCCCCGACUCCACGACGCCACCCCGACAUGGGUAUACUAUGCAUACAUGGUAUACAUGUCUAUAGACAGUCCGGAGCGCGACCGCUACACAAACUGUCUACGCCAGCCAGUGAUCCACCCACACACCCACCGGAAGCGGCCGGACAACCGCCGUUACUAUUCUGUGAUUGAUACGAUGAUAGCAUACAACACGUGUGUCAGUUCGAUUAUAUUAUUGUCUAGCCGUUGCACCACAUAAUAACAAAAUUGUUGCACCUAGUUUUGUUUAACCUGUUAUAUUGUAAAAUACACUGUUUCAUACUUCAUA